GCAUUUUUGUCUCCUUUUUUAAUAUACGUACACACGCAUCAAGCUCACAAGUAAUUCCACACAAUCAGACCGGAUAAAAUAAAAACUUGCAAAUAAAAAUCGGCGGAAUGAACGUAAAACAGGUCAAACCAAUCACAAGACAUCCCGUCAAUUCCGCAUUGCGCGCAUACAUAUUCCGUACCAUGGGACCGCGCCAUAAUAAAACGAGCAUCGAGCGCUAACGUGAAAGGUCACCUUAAAAAGUGAAUCUUCCAUUACGUGAAUUUUGCCGCGCAAACAUAUCGCGAUCGCGAAUUGCGAUGAUCGCAUAAAUAUUUAUAAUAAAGUUGUAUUACGUACAACUUAAAAGAUCAUCGAUAUCUCCAGCGAUAACGGACAUGUCAUGUGAUGAGAAAGUGAUUUGUAUAAGAGUUCGAUACUUUGAUAAUUUAUCCGAUAUUUAUAUUAUGAGAAAUUCUUUGCAAAAUUAUUCUUCGUAAGUGACCUGAAACUUUACCGGUUAAUAGGCGUCGAUUCGUACUAGAUAAGUUAACGCUCUACGACAUAAUUCUCUUCGUUAAAAAAUCCAAAGUUUCUUUUUAUCAAAACAAAGGAUCAUUUUGUUAUAUAAUGAUAGAAUCUGAUCACAAUGAAACUGAUCGUGAUGAAACUGAAGAAGAAGACAUGGAUAGAUUACAGCUAUCAUCAGAUUCCAUCGAUACUGCAGUGUCAAAGAAAAGAUCAAGAAUAGAAGAUUCUGAGAAUGAAGGAGAUUUACCUGCUAAAAAACGGCAAAGUUUCUUCCAAAGCGAACGAUCAAAAGUGUUAAAACAAGAUAACCCUAUACUUCAAAGUUCUGAAGAAAUAAAUAUCAAAGAGAUUAUUAAAAAUGAGGACAACUCAUUCCAAAAGCCUGCUAUAGACAUAAAUCUGACAUCUGCUUCUAAAGAUGAGAAAAUGAAAGACUAUGAGAUAGUUAAAUCAGAUAUCAACCAAACAAUAGAAGAAAAAGAGAACAAAAGAGAUGAUGAAAAGGGACAUAUUAUCAAGAGAGAUAUUAUGGAUACGGAAGUAGUAGGUGGACUAGAGCUUUCAGUGGAAUGUGCGAGUGAUAAAGAAGAACAGAGUUCUGAAAGUGAAAAUGAAAGAGAUGCAAAGCCACGACCAAAGACAAUAAUUGUCAAAGCUGAACCAAACGAAUCGGAAUUGGACUGUAGUUCAUCAGAGAACGAAAAAUCUGAUGUACAAAGAGUCACGGAUAUAUCGGAGAUUAAAUCAGAAAAUAAUAGGACAAAGAAACGAGGUUCGCGAACAAGUUUCAGUAAAUUGAAGCCUUCUGGUUCAGAUGACAGUCAGAAUAACAAUUCAGAUGAAGAUUAUAGUCCACGGACGAAAAAGAAAAUAAAAAGGUCAUCACUGACAAGAAGAUCGACGAACAAACAUCGCUCAGUCGAAUCAAAAAGAGGACGUACAAGAGGUAAAAGAAAAAAUUCUCGCCAGAAAAGUAUCGAAUCUAUACCAGAUGAUGAAGAUGCAUGUGCGGUUGUAACAGAAAGAACUAACGGAACGCUAGAAGCUGAAAAUGAAAUGGAAAAAGAAUUGUCAGAUAAGAGCUCUUCGAUUAAAAGUGAAAGCGACAAUAAAUCCGAAGAGGAAAAGUUUGCAAAGGAUAAAAAGAGGAGACGUAAUAAUGUUAGCCGAGGAGAUAAAGUCAUACAAAUGUUGAAAAAAUAUUUAAAGGUUGCCGGCGUAAAAGUAAAAUCUUACAGUGAGAUUUGGGCUGAUUGCAAAAGUAACGCUGCAAAAAUUAAACGUUUAAAAGAAUUGCUGGAGAAAAAUGGCAUUAAUGGCAGGCCAACAUUGGAGAAGUGUAAACGUAUAAGAGAACAAAAUGAAAAGAUGAGGGAGGUAUCCGAAUUGGAUGUGUCCAACAUUAUAUCUGAAGGACGAGUAUGCACGCGCGCACGAAGAAAUAUGGAAAAUGUUAAAAAAACGAUACCUUCAGACACAUCACAUGACACGCGACAUCGAGAAAUUCAUAAUACGUUUAGACGUAUUCAAACUGUUGUCGAUAGCGAUUCUGAAUAGAAAGCAUAGCGUAUUUGCAAGAAUUAUUGAGUGAGUUUAUAGGUUUGUUUUCUGUUCCUACACUGAGCUGUAUUAAAACAUUCUGUCUCGCUUUUAUCAAACUUUAAAUGUAUAUCUAUGUUAAGUACAAGUGUACACUAGUUCAGUAUAAAAAACAGAUAUCUCUCUCUCUCUCUUUCUCUCUCUCUCUCUGCGUGCGUGCACAUGUACGUGUAUAAAAGUGUUGAAAACAAUCACAGCAUUAUAUAUCUGCAUGCUUGUGUAUAUAUGUGCGACAUAUUUCCAAAUUUUUAUAUAUCGUAAAUAUGGAAAAAUAUUUUUACUUUUAUUGACUUAUUGUUAUAUGAUUAUACUUGCAGGAAAUUACUAAUGAUUCAAAA